AUGACAGCCUUCCACGAUUUAGCAAAACGCCCCGCCUUCACCCGAAAUGCCCCGGAAGUGCCUCUGCCCUCAAUAAAGAUGGACAUGGCCUUUGACAUGAGGAGGCGGGGUUGCGCACGCGCAACAAGUUCGUCAGGGGGAAGAUGGCGGAUGACAAGGAUUCUCUGCCGAAGCUUAAGGACCUGACAUUUCUCAAGAACCAGCUGGAGCGCCUACAGCAGCGUGUGGAAGACGAAGUCAACAGUGGUGUAGGCCAGGAUGGCUCACUCUUGUCCUCCCCGUUCCUCAAGGGAUUCCUGGCAGGCUAUGUGGUGGCCAAACUGAGGGCAUCGGCAGUGUUGGGCUUUGCAGUGGGCACUUGCACUGGCAUCUAUGCGGCCCAGGCAUAUGCCGUACCCAACGUGGAGAAGACACUGAAGAACUACUUCAAGUCACUACGAAAGGGGCCUGACUAGACCCUCUGGGGAAAGCAGGAUGAGCGUGUUGGGCCUGCAGGCUGGCAAACAUGGCCCCAGGGUGCACCACCCUGGCGCCAGGCUGCACCUUUUGCCCUGUCAGCCCUGCUCUACGGCGCCAACAACAACCUCGUGAUCUAUCUGCAGCGUUACAUGGACCCCAGCACCUAUCAGGUCCUGAGCAAC